CAACCCACUGAUGAAGUUCGGAUCAUCGCCGUCUUUUUCAGUGUGAGACUAUAAAAGGCUCUGCAUUACAGGGGACUAGUUUGCUCAGCAGGAAGUUGUCGACAAUCUUCAGAGCAUCUCCAACAGAACAGACAAGUGUGAAGAUGAAGGCGUUGAGUUGGUGGCUUAUGCUGGUGGGUUCACUUAGACUGGUCUCUGUUUGGUUCGGCUUCUUCGACAUAUGGGCUCUCCGUCUUGCUGUCUACUCCAAAUCCCAAAUGACUGAAGUUCAUGGAAGGACAUUUGGGGUCUGGACUCUCCUUACUUGCACACUCUGCUAUCUUUGUGCCUUGAACCUCGACAACAAGCCACUCUACCUAGCUACCUUUCUGUCAUUCAUCUAUGCACUUGGUCAUUUCUUGACAGAGUACCUAAUCUACCAGACCAUGGCCAUUGCAAAUCUGUCAACAGUUGGCUUUUUUGCAGGCACAUCAAUUACAUGGAUGUUGUUGCAGUGGAAUUCACAUCAAGCUCAAGCUGCACUGAAAUCAGAAUAAAGUGUCUGAUUACUGCUUCAGCUUUCUCCACAUUUGUUAAUUAAUCUCCUUUUCCAGUCAUGCUUUGUUCUCAAGAACUGCUUUAGUUUUGAUGCCCAUCUAUCACACUGAGAUUUUCCGUAACAGUGAGAAUUUAGAGGUCUACCUAUAGACCAGUGAGAAGAAAAUUCUUGAGUCACCUUCAGACUUUUAAAUUGAAAAAGUUAAGAGAAACAAAAUUGUACUCAUUCAGUUGGAACUUUCAGUUGUUUAUAGUAGCCUUUGUGUAAAAGUACUGAUGUUCUUUUUCAGUAAGAAAAUAGUCAUUGA